CUCUCCUGUCACCCCUUCAGCGUGCUUGAGUGGAAGGGUGGGAGGAGGAGGCGUGUUCACUGGGGCAGGCCUGAAGUGGAGAGGAAGGACAUGUCAGAAGUUAGUUCAGACAGAGGAGUUGGAACGCUCCCCUGAUGGUGCUGUUUUUGGAAUUCUAGCUAUUCCCCAUGCACUUAAGGAUGUAGAAUGACUCAAGAAUUAGUCUGCCGUGCCUUAGAAAGUCCAAGGAUUACCAAUUGAUCUUCCUCAACACAUAUCCCUUAACUCAUCUGUCUCCAUUGACCAGAAGGGGGUGAUGAGGCUGGCAGGGAGUCUCCAGCUUGUCCUGCUGCUGGCCCUGAGCACCGAGGCCACAAGCCUCAAUAUCCCUUCAGAAGUGGAGCAGCUUCCUACUAUUAUAUUUCACACAACGGGGCCCAUUAUUGCACUUCCGUACGACAACACUGUGACAAUCAGAUGUGAAGCAAGGGGAAACCCUCCCCCCGAAUACAGAUGGACGAAAGAUGAUCUCGACUUUAUUCCUCCCCAGCCUGCAACAAUCAGAAGUGACCAACUUGCCACAGAUGGUACUUUUGUACUUCAAAACAAAAGCCUUGCUCGAUUUCAGGGUAAAUAUCGAUGCUACGCUUCCAACAAGCUGGGAACCGCCAUAACAGAGACCGUUGAGCUAAUAGUACCUAGUAUGCCAAAAUUUCCAAAGGAGACAAUUGAACCAAUUGUUGUUGAGGAGGGAGAACCUUUCGUCCUGCAGUGUAACCCUCCAGAGGGCGUUCCCCCAAGAAAGAUCCACUGGAUGUCCAUUGGUCUGCAGCACAUUGAUCAGGAUGAGAGGGUUUCCAUGGGCACUGACGGCAGCCUGUACUUCUCUCAUGCCUUACAGAAAGACAGUCGUCCGGACUACUGCUGCUUUGCUGACUUUCUCCGCAUACGCACAAUCGUCCAGAAGCUCGCUAUGGCAGUUGAGGUCAAGCCAUGGACACCAGAGUAUGAAUCUUCUGACAGCAGUGACGCCAGCCCCCCUGUGAGAACACCCAGCCUUCUGCUUCCCUCUGGUGUUCAGACUGAGAAAGUGCUCUUGAAAGGCACAGAGCUUCAGCUUGAGUGUGUACCAGGGGGAUAUCCCACUCCAAAGAUAGAAUGGAUGAAGAUGGGAGAGAAACUUACCGCUCGAGCAAACCUUUACAACUUUGGAAAACUAUUGACCAUACCUGCAAUAGAGGAAAGUGAUGAGGGCAAAUACAUGUGCUUAGCCAAAAACUCAGCUGGACAGGCUGUCCAUUACUUUGAUGUAAUAGUAGAAGAACCUCCAAAGUGGCUGACAGUGCCGUCUCACAGCCAGCUGACUGUGAUCGGCUCUGAUGUGCACAUCAAGUGCUCGGUCAGCGGGAAACCACAACCAGACAUAAUGUGGAAAAAAAAUGGACACAUUUUUGAAGAUGACCCCCUGAACAACAAACGAGUGCUUGAUGACACACUGGUGCUCCACAAUGUCAUGGCAGAUGACAGUGGCGUCUACCAGUGUGAAGCAGUCAACAGACACGGUCUUGUUCUAAGCAACAUUAACAUCAUGGUCAUGAAUAUGGCUCCUCUGAUCCUUACUGAGGACUACCAGGAGUAUGCAGUGAUACGUGGCGAGAACGUGACCAUGAACUGUAGUGUUUUCGGCUCGCCACCUCCCACUAUCUCUUGGGCCAAAGAUGAGACUCCAGAAACCAUUGAGGGAGAAAGAUUUGUUACCCUUCAAAACGGGUCAUUACAAAUCUCCAGUGUGAAGAAAAAAGACAGCAGCGAAUAUCUCUGUGUUGCCGAUAACAGCGAGGGCAAGUCGUCUAUCACGGCUGUGCUGGCAGUGAAAGACCCCACACAUAUUGUAAAUGGACCUCAGGACAUGCAGGUCAUCAGUGGGACCACAGCUCAGUUGACGUGUCAGGCUGAGUAUGAUAAAAGUCUAGAGGACUCCUUUGAGGUGGUUUGGAUAAAGGACGGGGAGCAAAUGACACUUUCCACAGAGGAACAGUCCAGGUACUUCGUGGGUGAUGGCAUGUUGCAGAUCAUGAACGUGAACCUGAGGGAUGAGGGAGUUUAUGCGUGCAUGGCCAGAACGCGUCUGGAUGAGGAUAAUGUUACCGCCCUUCUCACAGUGCUUGAUGUUCCUGAUGCCCCGCAAAAUGUAGAGAUAAGUGAACUCAAGAAUCAGAGAAAUAUUUGUCUGGCUUGGGUACCUGGCAGUGAUCACAACAGCUCCAUAAUAGAAUUCAUUGUGGAGUAUGAGGAGAGCCAAUGGGAGCCAGGCAAGUGGAAGGAGCUCCUCAAAGUCCCUGGUAACCAGGCAACAGCCGAGCUGGCACUCCACGGACAUCUUAACUACCAGUUCAGAGUGUACGCUGUGAAUGCUGUUGGACCUGGGCCCCCUAGUGAGCCCACUGUGCUCUACAAAACCCCCCUAGCUGCGCCUGAUAGGAACCCAGAAAACAUUAAAAUCCAAGGCCAUCUACCAAAUCAAAUGGACAUUAGCUGGGAGCCACUGUUGCCUGUUGAACACAACGGCCCAGACCUGGAGUACAAGGUGAGCUACAGGAAACUCGCUGUGGAUGACACCUGGACAGAACAUCUGGUCAAAAGACACUCCUUCAUUGUGAGGAACACAUCAACAUUCAUCCCGUACGAGAUCAAAAUUCAGAGCAGGAAUAGCCACGGAUGGGGACCAGAGCCUAGAAUUUCUACAGGUUAUUCUGGAGAAGAUGUCAUCUUUCGCCACUGUCUACGGGAAAAUGUGUCAGUUCCAACUGCAGCGCCACGGGAUGUUGCAGUGGAGGUGAUUAACACAACUGUUCUGAGAGUGAGCUGGACACCGGUUCCGCCUGCCACACUGAGAGGUCAGCUAAGGGGGUACCAUGUUCACUUGCUGAAGAAGCGAAGUUUCCUGAAUCCUGACAGGAUCUUGGAUGAACGCCACAUGCUGUCAUUCCCCGGGAAGAGGACUCACGCCAUUGUGCCCAGCCUUCAAGCUUUCUCAGAGUAUACGCUCACUGUCAAUGUCUUCAACAAGAAGGGAAAUGGGCCUAGCAGUGAUCCAGUCACCUUCAACACUCCAGAAGGAGUUCCAGAAAAGGUACCCAUUCUGACCACCUCCAAUGCCCAGAAAGAUUCCAUCCGGCUUGUAUGGGGUCCACCACUGGUGGCAAACGGCAUUCUGACAGGCUACCUCCUACAGUACCACCUCAUUAAUGAGACCACAAAGGAGGUGCUUGAUUCCCGGGAAAUGAACAUCACAGGGCCCGACACCACCCACUGGCAGCUGGAGGGCUUAGAAGAGGGCAGCCUCUACCUCUUUCACCUCAGUGCCUGCACUCGAGCAGGGUGUGGACCUCCACUGGCACGAGAGAGCAGCACUGUCACUCCAGCCCGCAUGUUUCUCACUAUAUCAUUUAUGGCUGCCAACAAAGCUAUGGCCUCUGUCGAUCGUGGCCACAACUGCUCUCUUUCCUUUCCUCACUCAAUUCCAGGCAGUGCUACUCAUCCUCCUUCUUUAGUUCCAGUCCUGUUGAACAUAAGCUCUUACGUGAGCGACACCUAUGCCAAAAUCAGAUGGACUGCCGGGGAGGAGAAGCAGGACUCGCAGCUUUAUGUGGCUUAUAUGAAUAACCGUGAUGGUAACUGGCGCGUAUCCGAGGCGGUAAACACAUCUCAAAGCUUCCACAUUAUUGGCGGGCUCAAACCGGGGAUGGUGUACACGGUGCGCCUCAUGGCCAAGACUUUGCUUGAUAACGCUAGCAUUUUCGAAGAUGUUAUCAAGACGCAAAUCAGAGGCUUGGCAGGUCAACAGAGAAGCAUAUCCACAAAGGGCUGGUUCAUAGGGACCAUGUGUGCUGUGGCUCUCCUCACACUCGUCGUCCUCACUGUGUGCUUUAUAUGGAGAAACCAAGGUGGCAAGUAUGCAGGUACGCCGCCGCCUGGGAGACGAGACAUGCUCGCCAUGGACAAAGUGAAAGAGAAGGAAGACCUCCACCCUAAUGAGGAGUCACAAGCAAUGAAUGAUGACACCUGUGAAUACAGUGACAGUGAUGAAAAGCCACUGAGGGGCAGCUUGUGUUCCCUGAACGGCGAUGAUGUGAUCGGGGACAGCGUCAGCAGAGACAGCCUGGUCGACUAUGCUGACGGCGGAGGAGAAUUCAGCGAGGACGGGUCCUUUAUCGGGGAAUAUUCAGGACACAAACAAUCAGGAUCUGUCACCGAGCCCAAUGGAUUUGGCCCUGUUACUGCAUAAUGCCAAGCUUCCGUUCAAAUUCUGACAAGAACUGCUGUACAGUAUAUUAGGUUUUCACAACAUUAUGUAUAGCACACAUAGCCAAAAUAUGAAGCAAUAGAAAUAUCUUUUAUAAAAAAAAUUGCCAAGAGACUGUAAAGACAAGUGUUUGUAUACAUAAUGUACUGAACUGAAUGAUUGGAUUGAGGGUUUGAUGAUAAUUUAAAAAAAAACUAAACUUUG